AUGGUUCGGUCCACGAGUCCCACGGUUCUGUCCACGAGUCCCACGGUUCUGUCCACGGAGUCACGGUUCUGUCCACGAGUCCACGGUUCUGUCCACGAGUCCACGGUUUCUGUCCACGAGUCCACGGUUCUGUCAACGAGUCCACGGUUCUGUCCACGAGUCCACGAUUCUGUCCACGAGUCCACGAUUCUGUCCACGAGUCCACGGUUCUGUCCACGAGUCCACGGUUUCUCUGUCCACGAGUCCACGAUUCUGUCCAGACAGUUGUCAUGA